GGCGCGAGAGGCUGUUGGAAGACCUAAAACACCUUGAACCUAUACAGUGAGUGAGUGGGCCUACAUUACCAGCCAGCCAGCCAGAUAGAUACCCAGGACAAGGACGAAACAUCUGCCUUCAACGCUACAUGUGUAUAUAUGUCAUUUGAGUAUGUUUUUGUGUUAUAUGGUAAGUGAUUUGAAGAAGCAGCAAGAGGAUCCGUGCGGGUACCUAGCCUAGUACCUAGCCUAGUACCUCUGCCAUUCAGGUGACGACCAAGUUCCACAACAAGAACUCAGCUGAGACAAGCGGAUUAGAAGCACGACAAAAAGGAGAUACACAAGUCACACAACCCAGGAUCAACGAGGUGAGUUCCUGUUACCAAUCUGUUUAAAGUCAGACAUCUGGACCGAGGAACACGUAAUGGAAGCCGGUCUGGCAAUUGAAAAUCACUGAGUGUGCUCCGCUUUGAAGCAGUAUUAUUGAUUGUUAUUUGCGUCGUGUCUGGCAUGGCGGGCAAAUUGACUUUCCUCUCAGGCAUCAUUCGCCACGAGGUCAAUGAUUUGAAGAACGACCUUUUUGGCGGGAAUGAAUCGGACAAAGAGAUGACUGCCGAGGCCAGUGCCAAAGCCAAGAACGAAGAGAAGAAAAAGGAAGAUGCCCAGAAGCUCUAUGAGGAAGAGCGGAGAAAGAAACGGGAAAAGCAAGAGUAUCAAAGGGAAAAGUUCCGGGAUGGGAUUCGACAAAAGUAUGGGAUUGAAAAGAAGUCACCCACAGAGAAGUUAGACAAAACUGCCAUCGAGGCUGUGAAACGGGAUUACAAUAUGAGCGAAGAAGAGUUUGUGGAAUUCAGAGAAAAAGUGGCCUCUGAUCAAGCGGAAAAGGAAAGAACUCAAGUGAAAAUUGAAAAAAAGUUAGAAAAACGGCAAGCUAAGAAGGAGAUCAAGAAGAACGUUAAGGACUCGUGUAAAACCCAAUAAGCUUUCAGAUGAAGCGUAGAUUACAUAAUACACGUGCCAGGCUCUACGGUCUACAUACAAGUGGAUGGAUUCCUCUCAUUUCUUCCGUGCAUUUUUGUAAAUCGAACAUGGAACAUAAAACAAUGACAUAUUAGUAGCGCUCUAUCUCAGAGCUCUCUGACAUCUGAAAAUCCGUA